UGGCACUAAUUUAUAUGCGAAGACUUAUUUUAUAUAGCAUUUAUUUACUGUGUGCUUGGAUUAUAUUUUAAUAUGCGGGCUAUAAAAUUACAUGCAGAUGAUUCUGAACUGUUUAAUCACAAUUUAGACGGGGAAAAACAUGCUUUUUUCCGUAAUCAUUUGCCUGCUUUCAAAAGAAUGUGGAAUGAAGAAGGCAGAGUGUAUUGGCUACGUUUUUUAAUCACAUUCAAAAUGCAUUUUGAAUCUAAUCUUCAUCAACGGACAGCUGGUGAUAGGCUUAUGAAUUUUAUAUUCAUAUACAUUCAUAAACAGUUUGUGGAAGCUUCCUACAGUACAGCAAAAACUUUUAUUGAAAAUAUUUUUAUAGCUGCCAAGCAUUUUCAUAAUUUGCCUGAACAGAGCUUCACAAAAAAUCCUUUCUAUACAAAGGAAAGUAGAGAAGCAUUUCGAGCUCUUUUGGGUAAACCUGAGUUGGAUGAUGAAAUUCCUGUUCCUGUAAUGGGUUUUGUUUGCUCUGUAUACUUUGAAUUCACUAGUGCAGUUUGUGCUAUCUUAAAGAAGUGGUUACAGGAUUUUGAUUUGUCUGAAGAAGAAAAAAAGAAAAUUGAUUAUACUUUAUUUUAUUGGAGACCUUGCAGUGAUUGGGAAGAAAAGAAUUUUUAUGCUGGGUGUUUUGAAAAGUACCUAGCAAAUUACUGGAAAGAAGAACUACCCAAAAUGUUGCUCACAUGUAAUAUUCAUAACAUUUUUAAUAACCAUAUUACUGAAAGGUGUUGCGAUUAUGAAAAAGAUAUGAAUGUCUUUCAUUUGUUAAGAGAUAGACCUGGAGUUUCUAGUCGAUUUUGCAUUCCUUAUCUAAAGCUUUUAAAACCUACUGUUGUUUCCUGUGGAGCGCAUAAUAAUUGCCGUCUAAAGAUUUUGCAUGAUGAUAAGUGUCUUGAACCAUAUUUGUGUGAAGGUAUUCCACCAUGUAUUGUAACAUGUGAAGUGACAAGUAAAAGGCAAAAUCAGAGUAAAGAAAUUAACGAAGCAAAUCCAUGGAAGAAGCUGAUUGUCGAAACCUUUGCUUCUAAAGAUGCUAAUAGACGGACAGUUUCCACUCUUGUUCAGUCAGAUGGUAUACAGAUUGAGACUUACCUUCAUGAAAAAGAGGAUGCCGAAGGUGAAUCAAAAGAAUGUGUCGAAGAAAUGGCAGAUGACUUUCUGUGUGUGCAUGAUGCUGAAUUUCGAAAUAAUUAUAAUCAACUGAAACGUAAAGAACAAUUAAAGAAACGGUUGAGAUCAAAAUUGAAUAAAAGGUAUUAUUUUGAUCCCAAAGAUUAUGAGGAUCCUGAAUUUUGUUGGGGUUUAUAUGAACAAGCCCAACAAGCUUGGAUUUGUGACAUGUGUGAAGGAAAUUUCAAAGAAGUAGUGCAUGCCAAAGCUAAAGAUGUUCGCCAUUCAGGUUCUUUUGCUUGUGUACGAAGGGCUUUAACAUCAGUAGCAGUUGGAACGGGAGACUUAGUUAUUGGACGAGUUGUGAUUCCAUCGGGUUUACCCUGUUCUCAAUCAAAUGGAAAUUGCUCACAGUCUCAUGAGAAAAGGGAUUCAAAAAUAAAAUCUAAGAAAUCUAAAUCAAAGAAAAAGAAAGGAAAUGCUGGCAAUUCAACUAAGUCUCAUAGUGAUUCUGCUAGCAUUAGCAUGACAGCUAUUUCUGGAGAUCCAAUUUCUCAAAUUGUUGACAUGAAAAUGAAAACUGAUACCAAAAGUACUUCUAUCAUGCAUGAUUCAAAAUGCUGUGAUAAACAUCUGGGAUUAAAUAAAAGUCAUUCUAUUAGUUCUGAAAUUAAAACUGAUGUGAAAUCGACUACUAAUGAGCUUAAAUCCACAUCAAAACUUACAACUUCAGUACAAACUGAAAAUUCUAAAACGGUAUCUUCUUCAAAGGAGGAAAUUAUUAAUUCUUAUAAAACUGAUGUAAUAUCUGUAAGUAAUUGUGUAAGUAUUGUUGAAACAAGUACAUCUGUGGUAUCCAAAAGGAUGGUUAAAACUUCAAACAAUGCUGCAGUGGAUACAGAAAUUGCAGUCUCCUUUGAGGAUACAAAUAAAGUCAAUGGUACAAUUGAAUCAUCAGCCGAAGAUAUCUCAGAAAUUGAUUCUGUAUUUCCUGCUGUGCAAGAUUUCGUUAAUGAUUCUGAACAGUGUGAUGAAAUUGAGAUUAAUGAUUCUUUACCACCUACAACUGCCAGUAAUGUGAUCACAUUGUUAAAUAGUAGUGAUGUAGACUCUCAAGUAAAUGAAAAAAAUAGAGAGGAAUUUGACUCACUCGAGAGAGCUAAAGUAAUGGAUGUUUUAAUUGGGAGUGAAGCUCUUGAACUUACUGACGAUUGUGGGAGUCCAAAACUCCAGGAUAAUUUUGAAUCACCAAAAGAUGAUGGAACUGUGGAUGAAUUUUUAACACUUAUUGGUUGCCUUAAAAAACCAGUUGGAAAGCUUGCAGAAGAAGAUUCUGUUAGUCAAGAACUUCAGGCAAAGGAGGUUGUGAGUGCUGAAAAAAAAGUAAAGCUAAAGACAUGUGCUUUUUGUGGGAAAAAAGAGGUUCAGGCAAAAUCGUUCAAAAGAUGUGCUCGUUGCAAGAUUGAGAAAUUUGUCCAACAACGCUACUAUUGUUCCAGAUCAUGCCAGUUGGAAGAUUGGGAAGAAUCACACCGUGAUGAACACUCUAGAAAAGCUGAACAGUUGUAAAUGUAUUGAUCAUAUUAAAUAAUUUUUUAAAAACUUUUUUUCAAUAUUGAAAAUGUUAAUUUUUUUAAUCCCUUAACAAUUUGUAAAAAUAUUAAUAAUGUAAAUUAAAGACUUUGUUGUAAUUAAAAUUGAAAUUCUGUUUAUUUUAAAGACUGUAUCUAUUUUAUUAUUAAGUACGUUAAGGGAUUAAUGAAAUCACUGCACCAGUAAGUAAGUGCUAUUUUUUUUUUGUAAUUUUUUUUUUAAUUGCAACAUU